CUCAUCCAGGCUCCUCCAACUCCGCCGCCGCCAGUUCGAAUUCCUCUCUCUCUCUCUCUCUCUCUCCAUGUUUCGGAGAGCGCUUUCUCGAGCCUUACCUCUUCUCUCCAAUGGGCUCUUACGAGAAGGAAUAGGCCCUCGCUGCGGCCCUGCUUCAUUUCGUUUCUCUUUGACUUCUUCCUCAUCCUCUGGCACCCCAGACCCUUCGAUUUUACCGGAAGAAGAGAGCCGAGAAGACCCCGAAAGUCGAAAACCGGCGAUCUCAAUAUCAAUCGACAGGUCUGGGUUACACAAUCCUCCAGAACAUCUGCACGAGCCACAUACGGAUUCUGAGCUUGUUAAGCAUUUAAAGAGUAUCAUAAAGUUCCGUGGAGGUCCUAUUUCUGUUGCAGAGUACAUGGAGGAAGUUUUAACUAAUCCACAUUCAGGAUUUUACAUCAAUCGGGAUGUGUUUGGAGCUGGUGGUGACUUUAUAACUUCACCUGAUGUCAGUCAGAUGUUUGGAGAGAUGGUGGGUGUUUGGGCAAUGUGCCUAUGGGAGCAGAUGGGCCAACCUGGAAAUGUUAAUCUUGUUGAGCUGGGACCAGGACGAGGAACCCUCAUGGUUGAUCUUCUCCGUGGAUCUUCAAAGUUUUCAAAUUUCAAAAAAGCUCUUAACAUUCACAUGGUAGAAUGCAGUCCUGCCUUACAGAAGGUUCAGUAUGAUGCUUUAAAAUGCAUGGAUGAAGCAACUAAUGAUGACAGCAGCUCCAAAAAAACAAUCAGUAUGGUAUCUGGAAGUUCUAUUGCAUGGCAUUCCACUCUGGAACAGGUUCCCUCAGGAUUGCCAACCAUCAUAAUUGCACACGAAUUCUAUGAUGCUUUACCAGUCCAUCAGUUUCAGAAAGCUUCUCGAGGUUGGUGUGAGAAGAUGAUAGAUGUCUCCGAAGAUUCAUCCAAAUUCCGCUUUGUGCUAUCUCCACACCCUACCACUGCAAGUCUACUGUAUCUGACUAAACGGUGCAAAUGGGCAUCACGAGAGGAGGUUACUAAUUUGGAACAUAUCGAAGUAUGCCCAAAAGCAAUGGAACUGACUCAUCAAAUUGCGGAAAGAAUUAGUUCAGAUGGAGGCGGAGCUCUUAUAAUUGACUACGGAAAAGAUGGACUUAUAUCUGAUAGUCUACAGGCUAUUCGUCAGCACAAAUUUGUAGACAUAUUAGAUGAUCCUGGCUCAGCUGAUUUAAGUGCCCAUGUUGACUUUGCGUCGAUAAGACACUGUGCCGAAGAAGCAUCAGAUGGAGUAUCUGUUCAUGGUCCAAUAACACAGUCCCAGUUCUUGGGUUCUCUUGGGAUAAACUUUCGCGUGGAAGCCCUUCUACAGAAUUGCACUGAAGAACAGGCAGAAUCUCUGAGAACAGGUUACUGGCGCCUUGUAGGAGAUGGAGAAGCUCCAUUUUGGGACGGUCCUAAUGAUCUAACGCCCAUCGGUAUGGGAACUCGAUAUCUGGCAAUGUCAAUCGUGAACAAGAAACAAGGCAUACCGAUUCCGUUUGAAUGAAUUAGAGUUGCAUCUGUUCGCCAUACACACUCACAUGGCAUAUUGUAUUACUCUACUAGAUUUCAUGCAGCUUGGAAGCCAUAAGAUCUCAGUUUGACCGACUCGUAUCUACUUUCUGAAGUUUCAUGGCAUAAUAGAUCGCGUUUUGAUGCCACUGAUGAGUAUUGAAGCAUGUGAGCAGAUUAACUAAUUAGGAAUAGUGAUUGAAACUUUGUUAUUAUUCUUUUUUCAUAUUUAGUAUAAGUGGGUGGGUGCUCACUCAUUUUCGGUUC